AUGGAUCUGAAUUACAUGCAGCUUCUUGCUGCUGCAGCCGCUACGCCGACAGCACCUCCGUUUACCUCGAUUGGGCAGCAGCCGCUUGCGUUUAACCAGCCGACACUACUGCAAAAUCCUUGGCUUCAACAGCAAUAUUAUCAGCGACUAGCUCUACAACAAUACUUGGAGAAUGUAAGAACUCCUAUGUCGAUCUCACCUCUUAUGCUACCAACAACACUUCCAACAACAUCUUUAGCAUCUUCAAAACCUGACGACAACAUCAGACCUCGGAUAAACACAACACCGGUCCACAUCGCUGCAUCGUACACGCUAUCAGGAGAUUGCGGUUUGGUUGCUCCGGCUCCGAAACGUGCCCGACUUGUGCUGCCCACCAUUAGUGAUGAAGAUCAGAAGCGAAAAUCGCUUCUCGAACAGCAACCACAUAUCGCAUCCUUGCCGACUCAAGCUGUACAAGCCGAACCACCUGUUGCCAGUACUCAUGUCCUUCCGUCCACCUUCACGUCGAAUCCAUCAUAUGGGACAUCACCCUCUACAGAAACAGGAGCUGAAAUGGGUUGUUCACCAAGCACUUCAGUGGAUGCGCCUGUUAUAUCGAAAGAGGACGAAGAACCAGAGUUGUUUAUCGACAUCGAAUCAGUCGACAAUCGUCCAGAAGGACGGGACCGUCGUCGUGCUUACAUCGACUUCUAUCGUAAAGUAAAGAGUGCACGGCAGAGGUACGAGCCUAUCUCCUUCAGCUUGCUUAUCACAUUAUGA